AUGGUGUCGAUAUCGACAUCCUUGAUGCUUGCACUGCUAUCGCUGCAAUGGCGAGGGUGCCGAAACGUGAGUUCUUGUGAAUAUCGUGUGACGGGGUUACCCCAGCAUUCCCAAGCUGCCGAUGCAGUUGUCGUGUUUCAUCCUGUUGCUGGAGAGGAAUGGAGCCUUUACCCGAGCAACAACAGGCCUCCAACAACACUUCAGACCGUCCAGCCUGGUGCAGCGUUCAUUGCUGUCAAUUUCAAGCAACUCAACUUGUUGCCUGGAGACAAACUCGUCCUGCGUGACCCCAGUGGCUCGAUAUCAGUCAAUGUCACGGCAAACUCCCGCCACAAUAUGGAGACCAGCAACGAAUGCCCGUAUUCCUUGCUGCUACAGACACAUCCGUUCUUGAUCAAAGGCGACACAGUCGUGAUUGAAUAUUUUCCGAGUAUUUCGACGCUUAUGCUCCCAAUCGGUCCAAGACGUGCUAUCCCAGUAGUAGUAGUGGACUCGUAUGUGUACGUCAUUUACGGUCCUUCGAUUGUUGCAGUCGACACGGAAAGCACCGUUGGAGCUGAGGAUGAAGCCAAAGAAGCUGUCUGCUAUCGAAAUACCCAGCCCAAAAUGUACGCAAAGGCUCGAGCCGUGGCAAGACUGAUGAUCCGCACGAAGCAGGAGCAAGAAUUCGACGGCUCUGAACAAGCGACGAGUUGGUCGUUCUGCACUGGAUGGCUCAUAGGACGAGGCAAUUAUUUGAUCACCAACCACCACUGUUUGAAAGAUGCAGCUGUAGUCGACCAGAAACGGACAGAAGGCGCUCUCUCCAAUAUCAUCAGUCGAUUCUGGCCCGGUACUUAUUCUCCAACAGGCAGAGCUAAUCGCGUCGUGGAGGCUGUGGUUGGCUUCAUGGCCGAGACCAAAUCGUGUCGGGAUGCAGGCUUCGUGGGGGAAAAAGUUGGCGUUGUGGAAGCCACGCGAGUCUUGGUGGUCACGGAGAAUCCGGCGCUGGACUAUGCUCUGCUUCGGGUGCUCACGAAUGGUUUAGCAACGGACUUGACGCGACGAUAUGGCUACUUGCGCCUCCGUGCUGCCGGUCCUGUGGAAGGUGAAGCCAUCUAUAUCCCACAACAUCCACGCGGUGAACCCAAGGAGAUCGCAGCAACGAAAGAUGGAAAACCCGCAGUGAUUGAGAUGUCGGCGUCGAGAUCGAUCGAUUCCUCGGGAUAUAUUCGUGGCGGCGAAAAAAGCCGCAUCGAUCCAAGUGUCUGGUACAAUGCCGACACCGAGCCUGGUUCGUCCGGCUCGCCCGUGCUGAGUCGGAAAGAUAACACCGUUGUGGCACUGCAUCGCGCCGGUAACUCCGAGACCGCGCAGUCGAAUUCCACUGAGCUUUUCAACAUGGGUGUGCGCAUUGACCUGAUUGCGCGAGACCUUGAGCGACGCAACGUUCUGCCUCGGAACGCGUUGGUUUCGUGA